AUGUCUGACGCUGACAUCACCAUAGCAGUCAUAAGCGGUGGCAUUACAAAUCUCCUUUACCGGCUUGCCCUGCCUUCCACCUGCACGCUUGCAAGCCCCCAUACUCCUCGUGAUGUGAUAGUCCGCAUCUACGGCCGCAAUACGGAAGUUAUCAUCGACCGUGAAAAGGAAAAUCGACUGUUCGCUGCUUUAUCCGCCGUGCAAUACGCUCCAACAUACUGGGGAAGAUUCACCAAUGGGCGGGUGGAAGGUUGGUUGGAUGCACGCCCGUUGAACCCGGAGGAAUUGGCUAUGACGGGUCAAAGAAAAGGAAACGGCGGGACCCCAGUGGAUUUUAUGGGAAUGAUUGCACGGGAAAUGGCCAGGCUGCAUGCUUUGCAAAUAGAGGUGGAUGAUGAAGGAGGACAGGCGAAGGAGGAGGAGGAGGAGGAGAUGGGAAAGAGGAAGAGGAACGGAGGGGGAGGAAGGAAAGCUGUGGUAUGGGAGAAGAUGGAAGAGUGGGCGAGGCUGGCAAAAAAUAUCUCAUUCGAGGGGCCCGAUGGACAGGAGGGAGGCACAGAAAAACAGAGACAAUUGGAAGCGAUUGGGUUGAACAAUUUGGAGAAGGAAAUGGAGUGGUUGAAGGACAAGCUGGUCGGGGAGGAAGGAGAGGGUGGAGUGGAGAGAGGAAGGGAGAGAUCAGGGCAAGAAGCAGCCCGGUACUUCCUGGCAGAGCUGGUCUUUUCCCACCAGGAUGUUUUGUGUGGGAACAUUUUGUACAAUCCGAUGUGGAGAAGACGCGAGGUUGAGGGAGUAUGGGAAGGGGCAAAAGGCGGCUCCGAGGGCCAGGAUGCGGACGCGAGGAGGGGGACGGGGAAGUCCGCACAGCAGGUAUCAGCCCUUGAAGAUGGAGGGGAAAGUGAGACAACUGGGGCUGCCAUCGUGGGUGAGGCCACAAGCGGCCCGGCGGAAGAAGGGCGGGUCCAAUUCAUCGAUUUUGAGUACGGCGGAUGGAACCAUCGGGGGUUUGAUCUGGGCAAUCACUUUUGUGAAUAUGCCGGGUACAACCCUGACUACGAGGCUAGUUACCCUUCUAGAGCGCAGCAGGAGUGGUUCUUCAAGGCUUACCUCGACGCGUGCCGAUGGCAAGUAGGAGGCAAGGAAAUGGAGGAGAAAGAGGAAAACGCUUUCCUAGAAGGAUUGUACAUUUGGGUGAACAGGUACGCCUGUGCCGCCCACCUUUUCUGGGGCUAUUGGGCGAUCAUCCAGGCCAAAUACUCUCCCAUCGAUUUCGAUUUUUUGUUGUACGCCAGCCAGCGCUUGACCGGCUAUGCUGCUUUUAAACAAAGGUUCUUUUGA